UGUGGCAGGCCUUUUGAAAUAGGAUUACGUUACAACGAAACCACGAGGCGAGAGUCGGACCUCUCUAUCUUGCUUGCAGUUCUACACUGCAUACUUUUUGCUACCAACCACCCAUGUCAUGGCUUCUUCUAACAACAGUUUAAGCGAGUUUUUCAGUUAUGUUGAUGAGCAUGAAGCGGAUUAUGUGGAAAGACUAGCUGAUGCUGUUGCCAUCAAGAGUGUCUCAGCUUGGCCUGAAAACAGAGAUGAUGUCAAGGUUAUGGUCCGCAAUGUUGCUCAGACUUUAAAGGAACUUGGUGCGACUGUUGAACUCGUUAAUCUCGGAACUCAAGAACUUGGUGGUCAAACCAUUGACCUUCCAGAAGCUAUACUUGGCACUCUAGGAUCAGAUCCAAAUAAGAAAACUGUCUGCAUAUAUGGACAUUUAGAUGUACAGCCAGCCAAAUUGGCUGAUGGCUGGGAUACUGAGCCAUUUGUGCUGACUGAGAAGGAUGGAAAGCUUUAUGGAAGAGGUUCCACAGAUGACAAGGGACCAGUGUUGGCCUGGAUCAACAUGAUUGAAGCUAUGCAGGCCCUUGGCCAGGAAAUCCCCACCAAUAUCAAGUUUUGCUUUGAAGGUAUGGAGGAGUCAGGCUCAGAAGGACUCGAUGAUCUAGUGUUUUCCAGGAAAGAUACAUUCUUCAAGGAUGUUGACUAUGUGUGUAUCUCAGAUAAUUACUGGUUGGGCAAAAAAAAGCCAUGCAUCACCUAUGGUCUAAGAGGUAUUUGCUACUUUUUCAUUGAAGUACAGUGCGCUGAUAAGGAUCUGCAUUCUGGUGUCUUUGGUGGAACAGUUCACGAGGCAAUGGCCGAUGUGAUUGCUUUAUUGGAUACUCUUGUUGACGUCAAUGGUAAAAUACUGGUUCCAGGUGUCAACGAUACCGUCGCUGAAAUGACCCCGGAAGAAGAAGCAAAAUAUGAAACCAUUGAUUUUGACAAGGAAGAUUAUAGAAAGGAUAUUGGAGCCAACAGAUUGAUGCAUGACACCAAAGAGGCACUUCUGAUGCAUAGGUGGCGCUAUCCAUCUUUGUCCAUUCACGGUAUCGAAGGUGCAUUUUAUGAACCAGGAGCGAAGACUGUCAUUCCACGUAAAAUAACUGGCAAGUUUUCCAUUCGACUUGUCCCAGAUCAGGAUCCAGAUGUGAUCACUAAACAUGUUCUUGACCAUCUUAACAAGAAACACAAAGAGCGAGGAUCCCCCAAUACCAUGACUCCAUCUAUGUUCCAUGGUGGUAAAUGCUGGGUGUCUGACUUCAAUCAUCCUCACUACCAAGCAGGUGCCAGGGCUAUGAAGACAGUUUAUGGCGCAGAACCCGAUAUGACUAGAGAGGGCGGUAGCAUUCCAGUGACACUGACUCUCCAGGAGGCAACAGGAAAGAACGUUAUGCUCCUACCCAUCGGAGCUUGUGAUGAUGGAGCGCACUCACAAAAUGAAAAGAUUGAUAAAUAUAACUACUUUCAAGGGAUCAAGUUGAUGGGUGCUUACCUACAUGAAGUGUCACAGCUGAAGUAACGAGUGUAUUUGUCUCCGAAUAUAUCUGAAUUCCAUUAAAUGAUGAUUUGAAAUUCCAUUCUUCAGUCAAUGAUUUUUUUACUGCUUUCAUAUGUAAUCAAAAUAUAAAGGAAUCAAUGGUCAUAACCAAAAUUUGAAAUUCCAGACUUAUUACAGUAUUAGCAUUCAAUUAAAAGAAGUGGUUUUUAUCAAGAGGAAGUACAUUGCCAAUAAUACUACUCCAUUUCAGUUUCUUUGUGUAGACAAUUUAAUCAGCUGAAAGCAUAGCGAAAUAUAAAAAACUUAUUUUAUGAACCCAGUAUAAUCAGCAUUAUAAUCUAGUGGAAAGAAAGAGAAUUAGAAUUAGUAUAGAAUUUGUGAGGAAAGAUAAAUUGAAAAGAAGGAAUAAAUUUAGAAUUGGUGAAGGAAAAUAAAUCACAUAUUAUCAUUAAUGAAUCGUUUAAAUAAUUUCUUAAAUUCACUGAUUGCCCAGGUAUCAGUAGCUUAAAUUCACCAAUUACCCAGGUAUCCAGUAGUAGCACUAACAGGGGGUAUGGGGAAAUAUCUCUGAACAAGACACCCUUGAUGUCUGACUAAAAAUAUUAACUACGCUGAUCUAACAGCAUAAUAUUUACCAACCAUAUUCACCUUUCUUUAACUCCAUGAGAAGUUAGUCUAGGGCUGUGACCAGAGGCCCUAAUUUCCCCCUUGGUUUUGGUGUUCCCUAGGCUUGGUAUCCAUUGUUGGGAAAUUCCUGGAGCCACCACUGUCAGAGAGUAUGGUGGGGAUAAGCCUGCACUUGAAAGAUUAUCCCUGUUGCUCCCCAAGAGCAUACACAUAGCUUUAAACAUCUUCCAAAAAACGGGGCACUACAGUAACUUGCAUGUCAGCCUGCAAAAACUCUCUACAUUAUCAAGUUUUGUUAUGUCCAAAGUACCUGUGAUUUACUUAUAUAUGGGUGUGUUAUAUUAUCAGACUCAUAUAUAUAUAUGCAAACAAAAAAUAGGGUAGUGUGGAUCGUGAAUUAGCAAUUGUGUAAUUAAAGUUGUUUGUUGGUCAAGAUAAGAUAAUAUUUGGUUAAUACAGCUGCAACUGUUUAAACUGCACACAUUUUGAAUAAUAAAACUGGUAGAUGAACUAAAUAUAGAGCAAUUAUAUACUGCUGAGUUAGUACAUGAAAUAUUCUGAUGUAAAUGUAUUUUGACUACAAACUGGUAGAUGAAGUAAAUGUACUCAGUCUAAUUAUGCAAAUGAUGUUCAUACUCUAAAAUAAAAAAACCAUUGUGACA